UGGGACCUUCCCGUGGGCCCAAUUUAGGGAAAUUUGGAAACGAUUCUCUGUUUUGAAAGGUUUUACUGUUGUAAUUGGAUCAUCGCAAGGACCGUCAUAGCCCAGAGGGAAGUUCUAUUAUAUCCAGUCAGUGAUAACGAUCUCAUCGCUCGGUCUGGGUUUGCUCCUCGGUAUUGUUUGUUAUUGAAAGAAGAACGGUAUACGCUCACUGGGGCCAGCUUUGUACCAUUGGGCCAUAUAUCAUCACCACAACAAAGGGAGCCGCUGGUUUGAUUCUUGUUCUCCUUUGAUUAAAGGGCAGUGCGGCGAGAGAUAGACCGAGAGGGACACAGAGUAGCCUUGCAACAGGUACAGGAUUGCGUGCUUUGUUGGCUUGAUCAGGUAUAACAGGACGGCAGAAAGUAACCGUUCAGCAGGACUGAUACUUAUUGCGCUAUACAGAUGACGGAUAUCGAGCACGGUCGACAGAACUCAACCACGUUGACUGACACAGGAAAGACUUCACCACUCACAGACCUCAGCUCUUCUUCUCCUUCGAACCAGGAGAACACUGCCGGCAGCAACAACAGCACUGGAGUUUCCCCGUCACAGGUGAAUGAGAAACGUGCCAAAUCGAUAGCAUCGGACGUUAGCUCAGAACUAAGUGAUUUAGACUCAGAGGCAGAAACUGAGAAGAUGGAGAGCGGGCAGGAGUCGCAGUUGCUCAAAUUGAGCAAGGCGCACGGGCUGAGAGACGGUGACGAGAGGGAGCAGAAGGACGAUACAGAAGAGGCUGAUGACACAAUACGCCAUGACGAGACAAUGGAUAACACGCUGAUUAAGGAAGAAGUAUCGAUCGAGUUGCAGAAGGAUAAGGAGAGUAACCUGGAAGUGGAUCACUCUUCGGAGGAAUUUGCAAAAGUUGUCCAUGAAAUACGCAAGAGCCAGGAAUUAGAAGACGCCAAGGAGGAGAACGAACAAGAGAACAAACAGAAUGGUAACGACACCAGUGUAAAUGGUGAUCACGAGGAGGAUUCAAGUGACCUGAAGGGAAUUAAGGAUGAGGCCAAUGGCACUGAAAAUGGUUCCGUGGAGGAUGUUGUCCCUGACGUUGCUAAUGACACAAUUCCUGAGUCUCUUCCGAAUGGCAAAAGAAAACUUGAGGAGGAGAAUGAACUUGAAGAGCCAGUUGAGGAGAAUCUAGAGAGCUUGAAAAGACGUAAGACUGGCGACGACACCCAUACAGAAUCAGUAGUGGAAGAAGUAGAUGGUGCGAGAACUGUUGAACAAGAAGCUACAAAUGAAAGUGACGAAGAUAUAGGUGAUCAAGAAGAUGAGGAGGAGGAAGAGGAGGAGGAGGAAGUACUCACAGAAGAACAAAAGCGUCAAAAACAGAAGGAGGAAGAGGAGGAGCUUGAGAGACAGAGGCAACGCAAAGAGGCACUUCAAGAGCUCACCACCAUUGAGAUUGAAUUUGCCAAGCUGAGGGAUCGCCUAUACGAAGAUAAGAUGUCUCGCUUCAAGUCUGAAUUGGAGAUGUGCCUCAAUGGUUCGCAUCCAGAAUUGCAAACAGUGUAUACAAAGAUUGAUGCCCACAGGGAGGAGAAAAUACGACUUGCCUCACUAACGCAAAAGUACGAGUUGGAAUGCAUAGAUAGAAAGACUAAGGCUCAGAGAACCCAGAUUCACCAACAGUAUUACAAGCGUACAUCUGAUUAUCGUACGAAGUACUUGAAGGAUGUGAUGCAGGGAUGGGAUGCUAUCAAUAAGGAGAGACGCAAUAUGGAUCUAGAGCAGUAUCCAGAGUACCAGUAUAAGAUUCCUCAGUAUGCAGAUGAGCUUGUACGCCAGAGAACUCAAUACAAUAAGGAGAUCAGUGUGCUUGUUGGAUUGAACGAUUACUAUGGCUUUCCAACAGCGCCAAAGUUGGCCUCGGUACAAGGUGACGAAUUGGAUAACGAUUUGAGGGCUAUGAACAUAAAGCCAAACAAAUAACAUCCAUAUUACACCGAUAAAAUUCCUAAUUUACCAACCUGGCAAUGAAUUUCAUGUGAUAUACAUAUACAACAAGUAUCUAGUGAGGAAUUUCCUCCUUGUAGCCUACAAAGUGAGAGCAAUCUUUCAUUAACGUUUUUUCAGUAAAUAUACAAACCAAACCAAUGACAGUAUCUUAACGCAAUGGGAUGAAUCUGUUGGAAGAAACACCAGCUCUACCGUGUCUAACUGGGGUGUAAGUGAUGGAGAACUCACCCAAGUAGUGACCAACCAUCUCUGGCUUAAUCUCAACUUGGUUGAAGGUCUUACCGUUGUAAACACCAACGACGGAACCAAUCAUCUCUGGAACGACAACCAUGUUUCUCAAGUGGGUCUUGACAACAGCUGGCU